GUGAGCGUCAGUCGUCUCUGUGCCCAGGAAUGGCCCGGCACACUUACUGCCUUUCCACUCUCUCAGUGAUUUAUUUUUUCGCUGUGGUCUCUUCUCUACAGAUCGAUGAAGGCUGCGUCGUAAGGCAGAGAUGGCAGAGACCUUGGCUGUGGUCAGAGGCCCGGGUGAGCGCGUGGGCUCCGAAGGAAAAGCCGGCGUCCAUCUUCGAACUCACGAUGACUUAUGGAGACUAUUACCUGGUGAAAUACAAAACCGUGCUUGACACCCAGAAUGUCCAGACGUACCGGUACGAGGGCAGCGGAACACAAAAAGCCAUAACGAAUAUUACUCAUGCAAUCAGCGGAGGGAGAUGGGUAGAUUUUAUGUACACAGUCGACACCGUCAAUGCUCUUACUUACGUCUCGGGGAACGUCUGCCAGACGCUUGUGAGCUUCACGACACCCUGCCAAUAGUUUUCCUGCUUCUCUGGAAGUUGUCGGCAAUAAUCUGACACUAAACUGUUACUCAGGAGUUCGAGUGUGGAACGUGACGAAAGAGGCGGAGGUAAUUCCUUUGGAUGGAUCUGAGAAAUAUCUUUUCAGCGUCUUCUCUAAUCACCACGUCUUGCCUUCCUUUACGCUGGGAAAGCACACAUUCAGUUUAACACGAAACCAAACAGGAAUUACAACGAAAGGAGAAGCUAACAAGACUCUCCCCGCCUUCGUGGAGCAUAGUUUCACCAUUGCCUUCGCGGAAGGGGCUCGCGGCAUGGUUUCUUGCGAUAUAAGGCUGGGGGAAAACCAAACUAGUGAUGAUGUUCUGUACAUGAACGAGUUACCGACUCAUCUGUCGGUUAAGGGACGGCCGGGAGAUGAGUUCUACGUAGUUCUUCGCUCAACGACAUCCGACGAAAACGCACCUCCCGGGCCUCCGCCAGAAAAUGCUACAGCCGUGGUCCUCGGCGUAAUGUUGGUGACCGUAGUCAUUUCAGGUUUAUUCUAUGUUCUUUACAAGAAAUGGAGGCCCGCGAGGAAGGCCGAGACACCGGAGAAACGGGCGCCCGAGGAGCUGGAGGCGCUCGUGCCCCGUGAGGAGCGUGGUCUCGCCCCGCCGCUCCUUCCGUCCAUGAUGCAGUGGGACGCCCUUCGACAAGUAGUGAUAGAAGGAGAUAUCAGGCAGGUAAAGCAGGCGGUUGCAGAUGUAGAGCCUGAGGAGUCUUCCUAUGUGGAAGCUCACCUUCAGGCGAGAAUGGAAAUCGCGGAGUUCUUCCAGUCUCGGAAGGAAGCUCUGCGUUCACUCGACGUCGUUCCACGUGUCCUACAGGAGCUGAACAGACGGUUGGAGAAGAUUUUCUUGGCAGCAGAAAAAGGCCUCUACAAAACCGGGGUGGAUGUUCUCCUUCGCAAAUACAGCCUGCCUGGAUCGGUGACGGACGCGAAGGGCCGCUCCCUCCUGCACUAUGUUACUUCUUGCAAGGGCCCGGGCGAUGCUCCUAUCUGGAGAGCGGAGAACGUUCUCAAGUUGAUAGACGAUCAUAAUUGCCUACCUAAUGCCGUCGACUAUCAAGGCAGAACAUGCCUGCACUUCCUUGCCCACUCUGCCAGCAACUCCCGUUCGAAGGUGCAGUGGCAUGGGCGGGAGGAGACCGUCGAGACAGCGUGGCUCAGUCUGGCGAAGAUCCUAGUUCAUGCAGGAGGUGACCCCUCGCUGAAGGAUCUUGCUGGGGAGCUCCCGCAUGUGGUAGCCAAGGAGAAGGCAAAGCUCGAGCUUCAUGACUUCUUUUCGAGAAAGUGCCAGCGCAAGGCUCAGCAGGUGAGGGAUUCCCAGUCGUUCAAGACGGUCCUGGACGCCAUCAAGAGAAAAGAGACGUCAAGCGUCAAGGACCUUCUGCUGUCUGAGCCGCCCCCUGAGCCCUUGGACGCCACCGAUGACCUGUUGACGGAGGCUGUGAAGCGAGGUCUUCUGGAGGUCACGACGAUGCUGCUGAGCUCGGGAGUGCCGCUGUGCAGCCACUCCCUGGUGUCCAUCACUCCACUGGAAAUUGCUCAUAGCGUCUCGGGAAUUCCGGCAAUUCUCCCGGCGCUACUCAGACGAGAAUAUGCAAACAAGCUCCGAUUUGAAACCAGCAAGAUUUUGGGACAUGAUCAAGAAUCGACUCGUCUUCAGAGCCACAUGAUGGAAUUCGCCAGUGAAUUGGAGUCCAAAGGUAAAGACGCUUCUUGGCACUUCACGGAAGAAGAAAAUAUAAGAAAGUAUUUGUGCAUCGCGGCCGGCCUCGGGCUGACUCUUACAUGCCAAGUGUUAGGCCUAGAUGACGUGUUCCUGCAGCCUCUCCUCAAUGAAGAAAAACCCGUCAAAAAGGCUGUGGAGAAUAAGCACAAGCAUAUGCUGACUGUGCUCUACCGUGACUUAAAUAUGUCUUUGUUUUCAGCCACUGAUGAGACAACAUUACCAAAGGAAGUCAUAGACAAUGUAAUUCAUUGUGAAUUAAAAAAGCUGAACAGGUUUCUGGAAAAAGCAGGUGUUGAUGGGCGCAUGGACAUGCAGUUCCAAAUGACGAAAGAAGAGAAUGGUCUUGGCGAAAGUACAUGGCUGCUCGGCAUCGCAAAACUAGGACUUGUAACAAUUUACCACAAAGUAGUGAAAGUAGGAAGAGCCCCUGAUAUAAAUCAUCCAGUUGAACAACUCACAGGAUAUAAUAUGCUUCACCUGGCAGCACUGUAUGGUCAGCUAAAUAUGGUCGAAUACCUCUUGCUGAACAAAGCAAACGUGAUGGCAGAGGGAAAGAAUGGGUUUACAGCAGCCCACCUGGCGGCACUCAGAGGUAACCGAGAGUGCAUGCGGUAUUUGCAUGCUCACAUGGAGACCCAGGGUCAUUCAAAGGAUACUCGAACCCAGGCUGGCUUGACGGCAAUGCAGCUGGCCGACGGAUAUAAGGCUCUUGUGGAAGACUACAGUAAGAUUCUUCUUGCAGAGGAAGAUCGACUGAGCGUGUUGAGUUGUCCGUACGCCAUCAAGAAAACCAAGAUUCUGCUUCAGAGGAAGGGCUUGCACUUGGGAAUCACAGACGAGCAGAGUUUCCGUGACACAGUUAAAAGGCUGUUUAAACAGCAACAGUCAUGUGACAUAGUAAAUGAAAUGGCAAAUUUGCUGAAAGUUGUAUGUCAAGAAGACCCAAGGUUCUGCGGGGAAAUGGUCGAACCAAAUCCUGAAGGGACACUCCCAUCUAUAGUGGUAGAAGAUUCCUUUCAAGUGUACUGGCAGGUUAACAUCAAAGCAUGCACCAGAGUAAACCCAGAGCACAGCGGUGCGGAACAAUGUUUACUUACAUUUUCCCCUGAGGGUGAAUUUCAGAACUGCUGUUUUAGGGACGAAUUCCACAAAGCAAUCAGAAAAUCACUAAGUAUGUACACUUUUAACUCUAAAUACAUGUGGCUCACGUACCCUUGCAUCACCAAAACAGAUAUUGGUACUUCAGUAUACCUCGUGUGGUACAACGCAGGCAAAGUUAGAUUAAUACGAGUCCUACUCAUUCCCGUGCUGAAGGCGACAUAUCCGAAAGACAACCAAAACGAAAACGUGUCUAAGCUGCUGGAUAGAUAUUUAAAGAAUGAGGUUCCUGUCCACAUUGCCAAUAAAGGAGGGGACAGGUGGAGCUACGUCCUAGUUCAGCUGGAAAGUGAGAUAUUAGCUCAGAUAACUGAAGAACAAAGAUAUAUUUUAUUGGCUUGUAAACUCCUGACGAACCUACUGUAUUCUUGCUGGUGGUUCCCUAGGCAACACAGCCGAAGACACGGCCAUGCGUGGGGGAACUAUGUUGUCGGGAUCGUGGCUCUCUCUCAGUCCCUCCUCUCCAUUGAUGUUCUUCGAUGAACUUUCACGCACGACGCUGGAGGACUGGAGUCCCUCCAAGUUCCUCGAGCGAGUCAUAUCGAUUUACAAGAGGGCAACAUGCGAGGUUAAUGGCCGGCAGAGGGUCGAAGAAAUCCCAUUCUUGCUCGACUCGAGGCACUCGCGGGAAAGGGCAUCGCUAGUCAUCCUGUCUGUUAUCGAGUACCUGCAAGAACUCAGAGGCUGUGACCGAAGCGGCAAUAAAACUGCUUCCAUGUAGCCGAUUUCCCUUAGCAAUAGGUAUUAGUUGCCCCACGAAAAUGUAGAUAUGUCAAUCAUCAUUUAGAUUUAGGCGUCACUUUGGACGCAGUAUUUCCGAAAUUCAUCAUUUCAUAGUAACUAUUUCAACAUUAGGAAUGUUUGUUGCCUGACGAUUUGCUUCAUUAGUAAAUUAACUUUAUAAUA